CGAAACAGACCGAAGGACACAAGGGGAAAAAACAUGCCCAUCCCUCAGUCCAUUGUUAGUGUGUAUAGCCACAUCAGACAGCUGCUGGAGGACAGCAGGGCUGUCCUGGACCAGACCAGCUUGGUUUUGGUGCCCGUAAACAACACAACUGUCUCUUCAUGGCUGCUUAGGAGGGACAAGAGGAAGGACAGGGACAUGCUGCUGCAAGGCACUGUACUCCCCAGACAGCUGCACCUGGCCAAGGAAUCUCUCCCUGCAGCAAACGCACUUCCUGCCGCCCCUGUGCAGCAUGGACAUGAAGUUAUGACCUUUGAGGAGCCUGAGAACCAUGAGGGGGAAGCUUUUUCCCCGCCAGCGGGCUCUGGCGGCGAACAGGCCUGUGUCCUAUCCACCAUUUUUACCUCCCCAGUUCCCUCCACAGUUCUGGCCAGCUCCUCCACAGUUCUGGCCAGCUCCUCCACAGUUCGGUUCGGGCCAGCGCCUCCUGCUCCUCCACAGUAUGGGCCAGCGCCUCCAGCUCCUCCACAGUUCGGGCCAGCUCCUCCACAGUUCGGGCCAGCGCCUCCUGCUCCUCCACAGUUCGGGCCAGCUCUUCCUUUCCAGCAAGCUCCUUACCAGCAAGCCUGCCUUCCACCUCAGCCAAGGCAACGUGCCUGGAGACUGAAAAAAUCUGCCCAGGAAGAUGAGGAGCAAGUAGCUCAGGGCGUACCACCACGGAAAAGGCUGGCAAAUGAGCAUUAUCACUACACAUGCAAAGAGUGUGGCCAGGACAAAAAUAAAAGGACUGGACACACCCAGUUGAAGGGGCGGUGGUACUGUCCAGCCUCAGGACUGACCCUGGAUCAGUGGAAGAACAGUUUAUAA